UAACCGUCAGUUGCUAGCGAACGUUGCACUUGGUCGGUCGUGUUCGUUGCAGCUAGAAAGAAAUUACCUUCUGCCGUUGCUGUGGUUCUUUUUUGCCAGUCGAAUUUGCGUGCUCAGUUGUUUUCAUCCCUCAUCCGAGCAUCUCUCUAACCAACGUUUUUUCGUAAUUAACCAAAAGAAAAACACAAGAUGCCUAUCGUCCAAGUGCAUUCUUACGGAUUCCAUUCGGCCGUUGGUGGCCACUCUGCGCCAUCACACAUGGCCGUGCGUGGGCAAGUCUCACCUGCACGACGCCGUCUCUUCGUCUCGGAUGACGAAGAAGACGCCCAAGAAUUGGACAACCGGGUGACAGUUGAACGUCAAUUGGCUCAAAUUCAAGUCGAGCAGACGCGCAAAUGGAAUUUUGAUUUCGGUAAAGGCGUGCCUCUUCCAGGACGUUACCUAUGGCAACAGUCGACGACGAUGACGCUACCAGAUCGUCCGUCUCACCCCCUGCCGCCUCCGGCUGGCAUCAAACGUCCGAUCGAUAAUCAAGUCGAUUUGACCGGCCCUCUCUCCAAGCAAAUGAAGCCAGAUUUGCACGUUUACGAUUCCAUCAACAACAAUCAUCGCUGCGUCAACCAAAAGAAAAUCACUGAUUUCAUGAAGAAUCAGAAGCUGAGCGAAUCGAAACGCCGCGAAGGUGGACCACUGCCAUCUUCCAGCAGCGGACUGGGCCACUAAAGUCGUUGCCAUUUUCCUCGCGUAAAAAUGAAAUGGGCUCAGCGAUGAACAAGAUUAAGGGUCCCAAAUGCAUUUGGGAGGGUUGCAAUCAAUGCACACCCACUGGAUGCGCUUGUUAUAGUUAGUAAUGUUGACUGAAAAUUAGCUUUAAAAAAUAACAUUUUUCUUUCUAUUCCCCACUGUUUCUAAACUUGCACCAAUUUUCUUUUUUUCUUCACAAUCCUGCACUCCUUUCACACUAUUAAAAAAAGAACGAAAUUCACAGUGACCGAUUGCACUCUAGUCUUUGCCUUUAGCCAUCGGGCAAUCAUUGAAUUUUUUAACUUUUAUUAUCCCCCCACCCCCCACCUUAAUUUUUUGGCGUGUCUGCAUUUUCUGUGUGAAUGAUCUCAACAACAACAUAGAAUGAAUCUUAAAAACGGAAAUCAUAAUUUGAUCGUCAAUUGCAAUCAAAAAUGUCAUCUAUCGGCAAAUGCAAUAUUGUGUGUAUGUGUGUGUGUGUCCCAGUGUGUAAGGCGUUUUUUUAUUUAACUAAUUUUUUUAAAACUCAUCUGCCUCUUUAAAAAAAAAAUCCUAAAGUCUCGUUCUUAUCCCUCAUAGUUCUCUAUAUUGAAUCCAUUUUUAUAGAGACCCUCUAUCUUCUUAUAUACAUAAUAUAUAUGAUAAUGUAUUUAAGAACAUAAUCAGAUCCCCUAUUUCUUUUUUUUUUUUCUCGUCACGAAUUUCGUCAUUCCUGUAUUUAUGAUGCCAGCAAAAAAAAAAAUAAACAAAAAUUGAAGUUGUAA